GUCCCCUCAGUCAACGGCGCACACCAAUGUUUCUGCCAACUCGUAUUGAAAUCACGCAAAUUGCUGCGUCGGCUCUACCACUUUUCUGAUACAUGAAAGCACCCUUGAAAUAUGUACAUCACCGCAUCCCAGCAUCAACCUCUUCGUUCCUUUUACAUGUUGAAGAUCGCAGAGAUGAUGGCAGCUGGGCAGGUUUGAUCCAUCACGUCUCCCGCAUCAGGUCUGUGUCUUUAACAUGCACAGUGGCCCAUAGAACGGACGGACACCUGAUGAUCAGGUCAGGUCACCUAGUGCUAGAAUUGCGCUCACCAAGUACAAUCUACAUGGCCACUUCGCCCUCCUGUAACACCACGGCACCUCUUUCAAGGAAACAGACCACCUUCGAUGACGAGAGUCGCUGUCUCCACCUAAUUUGGACCUAGAAGCUGAAUUGUUCAGCCAGAGCUCCUAGAAGUUGAUGAGGUAUCGCGCCUCCUACUAACCUCGUUGAAAUGGACCCGAAAUUCUGACGUGAUACUAUACUGUAAGACAAUGUCAUCAGUCGCUUGGUCUGCAAAGUACUUUGUUUGUGCCUCGCUUCCUAUCUUGUUCUUACGAAGGAAAUUCCAGAAUCAUUGGCACUUUCGACCAAG